GGCAAGCUCAGUCUGGAAGAGGAGGGAGAGGGGUGAGGAUCUAUGGGGGGGUGAGAGGGUGACACACAAGGGACAUGUGACAUUGCUGGAGGAACACAAAGAGGUGCUCUUCUGUCUUGGGCAGGAAUCUACAACCUAAAGGAAAAGCCAUCCUGAACCCAUUUUCCCCGAGUUCUGCAGAUUGGGUCUUGGCGCAGUGGUGAACAUGGAUCGGAGAGGUGUUCUGGCACUGGUUGUCUGUCAGAUUGUUCUUGGACUCCUGAUCAGCCCGUUAGCAGAAUCUUCAUCUCCAGCGAUCGAAUGCCCACAGCUCUGCGUCUGCGGUAACCGGCCAUGGUUCACCCCACAGUCCACCUACCGCGAGGCCAAAACUGUGGACUGCAAUGACCUGCGCUUGACUAGGAUCCCAGUGAACCUUUCUUUGGACACCCAGGUGCUUCUGCUGCAAAGCAACAACAUCGAACGGACUAACGGAGAAUUACAACUGCUGGUUAACCUGACGGAACUUGACCUUUCUCAGAAUAACAUCACCUCCAUCCAGGAUGUGGGCUUGUCCAACCUCAGCCAGCUCACAACUCUGCACUUGGAGGAGAAUCAGAUUUUCGAGAUGACUGACUACUGUUUGCAAGAUCUGACCAACCUGGAGGAGCUCUACAUCAACCACAACCAGCUGAGCUCCAUCUCACCGAGUGCCUUCUCAGGUCUGCGCAAUCUGCUCCGUCUGCACCUGAAUUCCAACAAGCUACGGAUUAUCGACAGUCGUUGGUUCGAAUUCACUCCCAACUUGGAGAUCCUUAUGAUCGGGGAGAACCCUGUGAUUGGGAUUCUGGAUGUAAACUUUAAACCUCUCAUCAAUCUGCGAAGUUUGGUCCUGGCAGGGAUGUACCUAAGUGACAUCCCAGGGAACGCAUUCCUAGGACUGGAUAACCUGGAGAGCUUGUCUUUCUAUGACAAUAGACUGAGCAAAGUGCCCCAGGGGGCUCUGCAGAAAUUGCCCAACCUAAAGUUUUUGGAUCUUAAUAAAAAUCCGAUCCGAAAGGUGCAAGAAGGAGACUUCAAAAACAUGUUACGCUUGAAGGAGCUGGGAAUCAACAACAUGGCGGAGCUGGUUUCUCUUGACCGUUAUGCUCUAGACAAUCUCCCCGAGCUGACGAAGCUCGAAGCAACAAACAAUCCAAAACUAUCCUACAUCCACCGUUCGGCCUUUCGUAACGUGCCUACCCUUGAAAGCUUGAUGCUAAACAAUAAUGCACUGAACUCCGUCUACAAAGGAACAGUAGAGUCCCUCCCGAAUCUUCGUGAAAUUAGCAUUCACAGCAACCCCCUGCGCUGUGACUGCGUCCUCCACUGGAUGGGUUCCAACCAAACCACCAUUCGUUUUAUGGAGCCGCUGUCCAUGUUUUGUGCGCUGCCCCCGGAGUAUCGAGGACAACCCGUCAAGGAAGCCCUGGCUCAAGACCCCGCUGGAGAGCAGUGCCUGCCCAUGAUAGCCCAAGAUACAUUCCCAAGCCACCUCAACUUGGACUUGGGCAUGACUGUCACUUUGGACUGCAGAGCGAUGGCGGAACCGGAACCAGAAAUCUACUGGGUUACUCCAUUGGGACACAAAGUCACAACGGACACCCUAUCUGAAAAACUCCAUCUGAGUGACGAAGGCACGCUUCAGAUCACAAACGUGCAAGUGGAGGAUUCUGGUCGCUACACGUGCGUGGCCCAAAAUUCCGAAGGAGCAGACACCAGGGUGGCCACACUGCGUAUCAAUGGGACGCUCCUAGAUGGGUCACAGGCCCUAAGACUGUAUGUCCAGCAGACAGAGGUCAGCUCUGUCCUGGUGUCCUGGAAAGUUAGCUCCAGUGUUAUGGCUUCCAAUUUGAAAUGGUCUUCAGCCACCAUGAAGAUCGACAACCCGCACAUUACCUACACAGCCCGGGUCCCAGCCGACAUCCAUGAGUACAACCUGACCCAUCUCCAGCCUGCCACAGAGUACGAGGUGUGCCUAACGGUGUCUGGCCUACAUCAACAAACUCAGAGAGCCUGCAUCAACGUCACCACCAAGGGGACGUCCUACUCAUUGGCAGUCACAGACCAAGAGACCAGCGCCGCCCUGGCUGCUGUUAUGGGUUCCAUCUUCGCUCUUAUCAGCUUUGCUUCUGUUUCGGUUUAUGCGGCCAAAAGAUUCCAGAGGAAAAACUACCGCCACUCCCUGAAGAAGUACAUGCAGAAGACGUCAUCAAUCCCGCUAAAUGAGCUGUAUCCUCCUCUCAUCAGCCUGUGGGAGGGCGACAGCGAGAAGGACAAAGAAGGGACAGUGGAGGGAAAAAACUCCCAGGUGGACACGACCCGAAGUUACUACAUGUGGUAACUCCUGCAAUACGAACAUCUCAAUGAGCACAAAGACUGUUGGAAACACCUACAACACUCCCAUCCCCCCUUCGUUCUUUACCUUCGCCUGGGUUCUUCUCUAGAUUCUUCCUUUUGUCUUUUGACUUAUUUUCUUUAUUUUUUCUUGUUGGUAUAAAAUGAGCUCCUCGCCUGGCCAAAACGGAACGAAUGGCUGCCAAAUGCUCUCUAUUGACGUUCCCCGUCGCCAGGCUGAAGAGAAAUGAAGGCUCCUCAUGUUUCGGCUUGAAGAUGCUUGUCAAUUAGAUUAUCAUUGAACAUCAAUUUAAUCCUCCCAUCUAAGUCCACCGCGCCGCGGGCCGCGUCUGCUACUUUUCAAAGUGCCAUCUCAUCAUUAACUUUCUUAAUUGAACCCUUGAGAUGGAGAGUUUGAAUAACGCUGCAAAUAUCCAAUGUUCAUUAGAGAGAUUGAAAAAUCACAACGCUAAGCUUUGACUCAACUACAAUUCUAAACGAGGAAGACAUGUGGGAUGGUUCCGCGCAGAAAUGAUAUCAAAUAUAUUAUUUAAAAUUCAACAAAAUAAAAAUUAAAAGUAAAACAGUUACGAGAUGGGAAAAGUGAAAAAAGUUUAAAUUAACAAAGAAAUAUAGUGAGAUUAAGAUUAUUUAGAGAAGAGGAGAAAGAAGGGUCUAAGAAUGGGGUGGAAGGAGGGUAAGGGCAGAUAAAGGUUUGGAAAUAAAAUUUGUUAAUGUAUAUCCCUAUUGAGUAGGGAAAAUGUUUUACUUCUUAGUGUAUGAUACAUUUUGAUAAAAUAAAAGUAAAACAGUUGGCAAAUCACAGUAGUAUCAGGACAGCGCUGUGAGAUAAAUUUCCCCAACAUGUUUCGCCACUUUUUGUCAGGCUUCUUCAGGGAAAGGGUUGUCCAGUUUUGAAGUACAAGCCUUCUAACAAAAGAAACAGGCAAGAAAACAAAAAUCAUAUAUAUAUCUCAAUUUACACUUAUAUCAUUUCGGCACCUGAAAAAUCCCACAUAUCUUCCUUGUUUAUUACCUAAUUCAGGGAUGUGGUGCUAAAAUUAAGUUGGGGUGUCUACCAUCAAAAAAAAAAGUUUCUACAAUUCUAAACAGUUAUACUGUACAAGAGAGAGGCCUUUCCUUCCAAAGAAGAACUCCGGGAUGCUUGGACCUGGGUGGGGGAGGGGGGGUAAGGAGUAUGAUGUGCUUUACAUUUACCCCCAGGCCCCAAAUCCAGAGAACUUUGGCUGGACGCUUGGGCGGGUCUUCUAACACUUCCACGGAUCCACGAUGUUCUGUCUCAGAGAUGUCUGUGGGGAUUUCCAUGGAGUGUACGUGGGAUGGAAUCAUUGUGGUACCCAAACUAUGCAGUUGAAGAUCUACACCGGAGGUGGAGGAGGGGCCGGGGGGGGGGGUUUAAUGCAAAGCACAUGAUAAAGUCCUCCUCACCCUCAUCAGGUAACUUGUGAACUUCGAGUUCUUGUUUAAAGAGGUUCUGCUAAUUAUUUAUUGGCUUCAUAGGAAGAAACGAUUCCUAAAAUGUAUGAUUUAUGAGAAAUCACAAAACUUUCGAUCGGCCUUCUUCCAAUAAAAAUGGUUGGGGGCCGGAGAUGUGGACUUUUGUAGGGUUGGUUGAGUUGAGUUGGGUCUGUUUAUUUUAGACAAUGUCCUCUAUAUAGACUUCGGUUUCCCAUCAAUCUUCUAGACCAGGGGUCUCCAAACUUUCGAAACAAAGGGCUAGUUUACUGCACUUCAAACUUUGGGGGGGGGGGCUGUGGCCAGUGGGAGUAGAACAUGCCAUAGACUCCGUCUUUGCUGUAGACAUGUGCAAUUCGUUUGGUUCCAAAUUCAUUUUUUAUGAGUUUUGACAUAUUAGUUAAUUCCCAAAUUUUCGAAUUUUUCAAUUUCCGAAUUUUCGGAUUUCCGAAAUUUUGAAUUUUUGAAAUUCCGAAAUUU